ACCACUCGCAGUGUUCGCGUCAGUGGAAUUUGGGUGAAGUUGUCAGUCGGUGCGAAAAUGGCUGAAAGUAAAGGUGUGUUGUUAGCAAAGUCCGUACAAAAACACGCAGGUCGUGCUAAAGAGAAGAUCCUGCAGAACUUGGGAAAGGUCGAUCGGACGGCAGAUGAUAUUUUCGAUGAGCAUUUAUCAAAUUUCAAUCGGCAACAACUCAAUGCCAAUCGACUGCAGAAGGAAUUCAACAAUUACAUAAGAUGCAUUCGAGCCGUUCAGACUGCAUCAAAGUCCCUGAUGGAUGCCAUAACGGAUGUUUAUGAGAAUCAAUGGGCCGGUUCUGAGGCUCUGACAGCCCAAGUGGCUGCCAUUGAGGUGUUAUGGCAGGAUUUUUCGCACAAAUUGGGCGAUCAGGUGCUAAUUCCCCUAAAUACGUACACGGCCCAAUUUCCUGAGAUGAAGAAGAAAAUUGAGAAGCGCAAUAGGAAAUUGAUUGACUACGAUAGUCAGAGGCAUUCGUUCCAGAAUCUCCAGGCGAAUGCGGCCAAGCGUAAGGAUGAUGUUAAGGUGACUAAGGGUCGGGAACAGCUCGAAGAAGCCCGGCGUACGUAUGAAUUGCUCAAUUCUGAACUCCAUGAUGAACUGCCGGCUCUCCAUGAUUCGCGAAUUCUCUUCCUGGUCACAAAUCUCCAGACACUCUUUGCUUCUGAACAAGUUUUCCACAAUGAAACCAGCAAAAUUUAUGCAGAAUUGGAAGCUAUUGUUGAUAAAUUGGCGACAGACUCGCAGCGUGGAUCUUACACACUUAAGAAGGCAAAUGUCAAUUCCACUCCGUCCAGUCCACAGCAGCCAGCAAUUAAGGCAAUGGCAAAUUCAACGGCGACAAUCAGCAACAAUAGCUAUCCAAAUACAACAAUCACCAAUGGUUCCGCCAAUGCCAAUAGUCCAUCCUCCCCAGCUCCUCAGGGAGGAGUUUCCGUGGACAAUCAUCGGGAAUCGCGGGAGGAUCCACCAUCGCCAGCACUGAGUGGGCAGAAGGUGGAGGUGCCCAAGGGGGCUACUGAGGAGCCCUCAUAUCAGAAUACAGAUGCCAUCCGGGCGGCAAUUGAGGAGGACACAGCGGCCAAUGUCAAGAAUGCCAAUGUGUCAGUGUCUUCUGGGAGUGAGGAAAAGGGUUUGGUGAAGGCGAGAUCGCCGGCCACAACGGCCGAUGCUGCGGAUGCUAUUGAGACUGUUAAUGGGAAUGUGGAGAAAGAUGUGAAAGAGGAUGCAGCUGCAGCUUCCAGUGCUGCAGAUCAAACACCAACGGAUCUUCCACCAGGAACUCUUUAUCGUGUCAAAGCUACCUACAAGUACGUGAAGGAGGAUGCUGAUGAGCUGAGCUUCGAAGUGGGCGACAUUAUCAGAGUAGUGGAGUACGAUGAUCCUGAAGAUCAGGAGGAAGGUUGGCUGAUGGGUGUCAAAGAGAAUUCAACCGAAAAAGGACUCUUCCCUGCCAAUUUUACAAGGCCUUUGUAAAGUCUAACAGAAAAGAAAAAUCAAACCAACAUUUUUUACUCUUGAAAGGAGAAAAGGAGGAAAAACCUUGAAACUUUAGAGACGAAUUCUUGAAGAAGAAAAAAAAUCACGCAGAAUUGAUCAACUCAGAGUCUGUUUUUACAAUCUACAAUUUUACUAUAUUUAAUGAUAAUAUUUUUUCUCCCGAUUCUGCGUGAAGGAAUGCUUUUCAAAAUGUCAUUUUUAAUCUUUGUGCAAGAACAAAAAAAAAUUAGGCAUGAAAAUUUAAUGAAGAUUAAGAAGGAAAACAAAAGUGAAACUUUAGGACUUCCAGUGAAGAAAAUUUAUUAGCCAGAUUAUUGUGUGCUUGUUACAAUUUUACCGUCGAAAAAAAAAUCGCUCAUUUUUUCAUUCGUCUUAUUUGUAAUACAGAUUUUUUUUCUUUUUUUUUUUGUUUUUAACAAACUUUUUAUUAGUUUUCAUUUUAGUGCGUGAUGGGUUCUCGUAAUAUUAAUUGUUGUAUCUCUUUCUCUCUGAAGUGGAGAAGGAAAAAUUAACGUAAAAAGAAAUUUGAGAAAAUAUUAAGUUGAUAGUUAAAUUGAACAUCUCUAACUAAAGAUUUUUUUUUUAAAUCAAUGAAAUAUUUACAAGGAAAACAAAUGUAUCAAAUUCUUUAGAGGGCCAAAAAAUAUCCAAACUGCAAAAGUGCCUUGAUACAGCAAAUUUAGAAGAGAGAGAAAAGGAGAAGAAAAAACAUAUUAACGAUAUUAUUAUUAAAAAAAAAAAAGAUUAAAAAAGUAUAAAUCAUUUUAGUUACUUUUAGUGUCUCUUUGUCAUUUUUUGUGUCAUAUUAAAUAGAAAAAAAGAAGAUGAGGAAAGGUGGGAAAUAAAGAGUAGGUUUUAUUUGUGAAAGUAUUAUAGAAAAAAAAAGAUGAUGAAAAAAAGCUGAAGGAAAAAGAAAAAUAAGGAUGAUGAGGAGUUUAUGUAAAUAAUUUAUUGAAUAUUGAGCGAAAUAGAGGAGGACAAUUAUUUAACAACAAAAAAAACUACAAUAAAAUCGUCUCGAAAACGAUUUUUAAUAUUGGAUGAAAAAAAACAACCAGCAAAUGUAAAUUCAGGCUGCCAAAAUCUACAUUUUCGUCUAAAUAAUUUUCUAAUUAAUUGGAAAAGUUGCACACGCGAAUAAAAACAGCCAAUUCUCUUCGAAUGUCCAAUAAAUUGUCUUACGAUGUGAGGUUAUGUUGGACUUAACCUCAAAAAGAAAUCCGAGAACAUCUUGGAUGAUAAACGGUGGAUUUUUUCUCAUCCAAAUGGAAUUUAUUUGAUAAUUUGCCUAUUUUAGAGGCAAAUAAAGCAAUUUAACUUCCCAUCUUGAUUUUUAUCAUCUCAAAACAUGAAAUUUUACAUCCAGAAAAUAACCAAAGAGCUUCCUUAUGGCCAAAUGACUCGGAAAAAUACAUUGGAUUUCCAGCAGAACUUCCGAGGAAUUCAAUGCGAAAUUCCUAAUCGACAUUCCAAGGAAAUUUUUGCAUGAAUUUUCUGCUCUGGCCUCCACAAAUGUAAGGAAUUCGCAUUUGCGGUAUUUGCAAAUUCCGGUACGGUUCAUAUAGUUUUACGCGGUAUAAGUCCUUGUCUAAGCUAUGUUCCUUUAAAAUGCAGAAAAUUUCUAUUUAUUACCUGUCAAAUAUUUACGAGAUUAUCAGCAAAUUUAUAACGCACUUAGACUGCUCUUCUAUUAUAGCGUCUACACACUAGAAGCAAUUUUCGUCAAAAAUUACCUUUUAUAAAAAAUUCUGACGUUUCUGCCUACAAGGAUAGGGGAAAUUUUCUUUAAAAAGGCAUUUUUUAAAGAAAUUUUUCAUAGUGUGUAGAGGCCAUUAGACUGCUCACUUUCUCUGCUACAGGAGAUGCUUAUCGGAUACUAUCACAAAAAAUUGUGUUGCUCACGUGAAUUAUAUCUUUAUGGUGAAAACAUAGCGGAUACGCGAAAUUUUUGCCUAAAAUUUGACAAUUUAUUCCGAAAUAAAAUAAAACAGAAUGCAAGGGGUGAAUAGGUGGCCCUCAGAAUGAACUCUUUGCGGCGAUCGGCAAAAUAGUGCCGAUCUGGAGCAAAAAAUCAUAAGAUUGGCACUAUUUUGCUAAAAAAAAAACGACAGAUCGGUACAGUUUGAACAGAAAUCGGCAGAUCAGCAUGAGAUCGGCAGAUUGACGCGAGAUCUGCAAAUCUGCCGCAAGAUACCCGGGCUUACUAGUUCAAAGAGGCCGGAUAGAUUCGAAAGAUUUUAUUCGAAAAAAUCAUUGAUAAGCCCGUAAAAUAGUAGGAAAAUAGCAGUUUGAUUCUUUAAAUCUGUAAAUUCUCCAAGAUAAUUUACACUAAACAAAACCUUUAGCUGAAAAAUGAGGAGCUCAGAGCAAAACAACGCUAUUUUAAUAGGAAAAUGCAUACGACUUAGAGUUUUUUUUGCUCCGAGCGCCUCAAAUGGUCCUAAAAUUGCGAAAACGCAUCAAGAAUUGCAGAAACAUGGUUAGAAUUGUAGAAAAUGCAUCCAAUCAAAUAAAAUAUAGCUAGAAUCAAGGAAAAACCACCAAAUAUCACAGAAAUGUGGUCAGAAUAGCACGAACGCAUCUAAGAAUCGCAAAAACCUAUCUUGAAUUACAAAAUAAAGCACAGAAUUUGUGAAAUAUGGGUAGAAAACGUAUCCAAGAAUCAUAAAAACAAGGUGAGAAUCACGGAAACGGUUUUACGAAUCCUAAAACAUUGCUAGAAUCGUGAAAAUACAUCUAAGAACAGUAGAAAUGUGACUAGAAUCGUGGAAAAGUAUUAAAGAGCAACAACAAAGCAAAGAUUCGAAGGAACAAGGUUUACUUGAAGAUUGUGCUUCUUAGAAUCAUAAAAACAUGGUUAAACUAGAGGAAUAUCGUAUCCAAGAAUAAUAAGCAUGGUUAGGAUUCUAGAAACGCAUCUGUAAAUCACAGAAACACGGUUAGAAUGGUAAAAACGCACCUAAAAAUCUCAGAAACAAGAUUAGAAUCGCAAAGACAAAUCCAAAAAUCGAAUGAACAGGGUUAAGAUGGAGGAAAAGCUUCUAUAAGAAUCAUAACAGAGAAAAUGCAUCGAAGGGUACCAAAUAUAGUUAGAAUGUUUGAAACGCAUCCCAAAAUAACAAAACUCGAACCACAGAAGCUGAGAUUAUAAAGAAUCUCAUUCAAAACACGAUUUAAAUCGCAAAAAUAAAUCCUCUAAUCGAAGGAACAGGGUUAAGAUGGAGGAAGCGCUUCUGAGAAUCGGAAAAAAAUGAAUAAAACGCUAGAGUAAUGCAUUCAAAAAUCACAGAAAUAAGGUUAGAAUCAUAAAACGAAUCCAGGAAUUGAAGGAACAGGGUUGAGAUUGAAGAAGGCCUUCUUAGGGCUUUGACCGCCUUGACAGACCUGAGGAUUAGCCGAAAGUCGGCUUCGCGUAAUUAUAUUAGAAAUAAUGGUCAAACUGCAUUUCCAUCAUUUUUCACUAAGUCGUCUCUCGGCUUAAGUCGUAAGUGUGUCUAGGGCAUUAGAAUCGUAAAACAUGGUUAGAAUGCUAGAAAUUCAUCCAAAAGUCGCAGAAAUACGGUUAAAAUCCCAAAAAGAAAUCUUAGGGCUUCUCAAAAUCGUAAAAACAUGGUUAGAACUGGAGAAAUACAUUAAAGAUUUGCAAACAUGGUGAGAACGGUAAAAAAACCUUCAAAAAUCACUGAAACAUGGUUAAGAUGGAGGAAGUUCCUCUAAGAAUCGUAAGAGAAAACGUGGCUAAAAUCGUGGAAACUUAUCGUAAAAUAAGUGAAAGAUGAUUAAAAUCGAAAAAAUGCAUCUAAAAAUGGUUAGAAUCGAGGAAAUUCAUCCUAAAGUCAGAUAAACAUGAUUAUAAUCAAGGACUCUUCUAAGAGACGUGGAAACAUGGAUAUAGCAGAAGUGUAAUUUUCAUCACAUCACAAAAAACACGUUUCCGGAAGCUUUCUAGAACAAAGACAAACGUUUGAAUAACCAAAUUCUAUGUAGAAGUUAUUUAAGGUUAUGUAUUGUAAAAUUUUUUGCGAUCGAAGCGUCAGAACCUGCGUCAGUCAGUACUGCUUUUAGCUAAAAUUGAGGUAUUGUGACUUUUGGAAUCCUCGGGUUAGUCAUAACGAAAAGCGGCAUGUUGAUAUCUCUUAACGUUUUUCCUCAAAAAGCAGUUAUUGAACAGAUGGUCGAACUGUACAUUUAAAGAAUUCAUUUCUUUGGUUAAGUUUGUGAGGUUAGAAUUCCAUGAUUACUAAUAAAAAUAAAAACAUUGUGCUCAAAUUUGCUCAUUAACUGAAAGAAUUCGCCCGAAUCUUCCAAAUCCGAGAGAUGUUCUUAUUUUAUAAGGUUAGAUCCGAAAUAACCUCUAAAUAAACAAAAAACUUGGACAAAUGAGAGAAGUAGGCCUAAAAUACAACUGUAAAUAGAAAAUCCCUCAAUGGGAUAAUGUUAAGUUUUUUUUCUAUUAAUUUAAAACGGAAGUAUAAUUAAAAAAAGGAACGAAUAUUCUAAUCAGGAUUGUUUAUGCAGCUGCUUUUACCGGUUUUACAUCCCUCAAACCCUAAAAGAUCUAUAUAUCAACGAGAAAAUCAAACUCCUCUGUGGGGAAUUCAGGAAAACAGAAAGAUCAAAAAAAAAAUAUAUAAGAGUUCUGAGACAGAAACAUUUUAUUUUUUAAUUCUUUGUGAAAUUAUUCAUUGAAAAUAAUUUUGUCAUUGUAAUUUCUUUUAAACGAUAAAAAAUACCAACAUUAAUUUAAUACAGAAAAAGAAACCGUGUGUAAUUAGAGAAAGAUGAAACGAUAACAUUAUUAAUAUUUAAAAGUAUAGAGAGAAAAAAUAAAUAUUUUAAAAGUUAA